AUGCCGUCAAACUACCGCCAGAAGACCACUUCAAUUACCCUGAAGGUCAUUAACCGCCGGGCACCCCCGACUCGGCCCCCCACUCCGGACCUGUCCGGUGAUGAAGGCUACUCUGCCCUCGAAGAUCUCAGCGACUCAGAUGACGAGGACGAGGAAAAUGUAAACGCGGCCGAGGAGGAGCAUCUGCUUGACACAGCCAACCCCCGUCACGCUAUCUGCUCCCCUCGGCCGGUAUCCUCCGAUGAAGAAGACGAGGCAGAAGAGGAGAAUGACGACGAUGACGAUGAGGAUGUGGAAGUCGAUGAAGAUGACGGUUAUGAUCAAGACGAUGAGGAUGAUGAGAACGCCAUCGAGGACGAUGAUGACGAUAACGACCUGCUUCUUGGCGGCGAAGACAACGUCGAGGACGGCGAUGUGGACGAGAGCGCAAGUUGGAAUGGCAUCACGACCGACGAGACAGACACCGAGGGCGACUUGAACCCUCCUUUCGCCGCCAUCCACCGCCACAUUGCCCAGGCCGAGCGCCAUGUCCGUUUCGCCAACGUCCCCGACUCGGACUCGGACUCUACCGACACGGAUGAGGACCACGCUGACAUGUUCCCCGACAUUUUUGUUGACCAAAGCGCCCUUGACCCUGCUAUCCGCCGUGAGAUUGACCGUGACCCUGACGAGUCGUCCGGGUCUGGCGGGUCCUUCUGGGAUUUCCACGGCACGUACGAUUACAGCACCGCCGACUCUGACGGUGAAAUGUAUUUGGCCCGCGCUGCUGAUGAAGAUAUCGCGCCAAUGGCCACUCCCGUUGCAGCGAUGCCCAUUGCUCCUGAAGUUGCGCUAGCUUCUGACGUAGUAACGCCUACUCGAGCCGUUGACUUGCCAGUGGAUCUCGAUGGCUACGAGACGGACGGAGAUACAACAGAGGAAGACAUCCCCGAACCCAUUAUUAGGAGGAAGUCUCGUCGACCAGACCCAGUGGACGAAGAGUCUGAUUCGGACUGCACGCCUGUCAAGUCUAAGAAAGGAAAGCCGCGUGUAGGCCGUUUCAACCUCGACAAGUCGGACAAGAAACCCAUUGCCGUGCUCAACCCCAUCACUAAGAAGAUGAUGAUCUUUACACCUCACAAGCACCGCCAACUCGACUUGUCUCCCGAGCAGUUCAAUUUCUCCUUUUUCAGCCACAACGAGAUGUCCUCUCCCGGCGUCACUAACAGUUCCACCCUCAUGCUUAACGCCAUGUUCUCGUCCAACACCUUUGGCGAUUUCGUCAACGGCCAGGGGAUGAACGACGUUGAUGCGCUGCUUCAGUCGGCGCUCAUGUCGGAGGCCAACACGAUAGACUCCAGCCUCGAUUCGGAUCUGGGUCUUGAGGGCGACGAGGGAGAGAAGGCGCUCGACAUCAAUGACUUUAUUACUUUUGCUGCCGGCGGCGUGUCGGACAGCGAGCUGGAUGAAGGCUGGCAUGGCGAUGUCGGCUCUACUCCCGGCGGACCUGGCACGACCAGCGACGUGGAGAUGCUUAGCCACCUCUCCUCCGCCACAGUUGGCGCGUUCCGCCAGAACCAGAUCACGCAGCAGCUCAUACUGAGCAACAAGGCCAGCCAGGAUUCGCUUGCCUUCAGCGGGCCCUUCAACGAUACUGCUCUGCGCGGUCUCAAGUCCGAUAGGCUUGCCACUGGCGCUAUCCCCCUCACGCCCGUCCGGAGGCAGCGUAAGAACUCGACCUAUGAACCCCCAACCAGCCCUCUCGAAACUAUUUCACAGAAGCGCAAGGCGUCUGGCGAACAUGAGGUUGGGCAUAAGAGGCAUCGGAGUAUUUCGGAUGUGGCGUUGCUACAGGUCUAA